CCUAUUUUGCUCAACUCCACAGCGCCUGCUAGUCGCGCGCCGGCGUUCUCGAGUUGCCAUGGUAACCUGCUCUUUUCAUCCUCCCCGCGCGCGCGCUCGCCCGCGAGAAGCGCAAAAUGACGUCAGGUUGUCGGUGGUGACGGAGACGCGGGCGGACAGCGCGUGCUCUGCUGCUCAUUCGCGUUACUGCGGCGGCGGCGGAACCUCCAGCAGCACCAUGACCCUCCUUAGGAUGUGGAUUACUCUCACUGCGUGUUGAAGCGGCACCCAGAGGCACCAUGGCGGAGAGGUUGGAAUGGGUGGAGAUCAUCGAGCCGCGCACCCGCGAGCGCAUGUACGCCAACCUGCUGACAGGCGAGUGUGUGUGGGACGCCCCGGCCGGCGUUCGCAUCAAACGCAGCGGGCAGGACCAAUGGUGGGAGCUCUUCGACUCCAAGACGUCCCGCUUCUACUACUACAACGCCUCCACGCAGCGCACGGUCUGGCACCGGCCGCACAGCUGCGACAUCAUCCCGCUGGCCAAACUGCAGACGCUCAAGCAGAACACAAACACACCCCUGCCCACCGGCACUGGCACCGGGACCACCAGCGCCUCCGCAGACAGCAGUCCCGCCCGCAGCGCCGUCAGCACCACCUCCUCACAGGAGCAGGAGGACAAGAGCUGCACCAAUAACACCAACACCGAGGACGCAGACAGGUUCAGAUGGGGCACUGGCACCAGAGAGAGGAUGCUCAUUAAAGUAUCAGAUCGGGAGCCUAGUUUUCUGACGCAGGGAAACGGAUACUCCAGCUCGUCCCCGCGCUCGAGACGCUCAUCCAGCAAUGCUCCUCCAGACUCAGACACCACCUCGGACCGUCCUGCAGCGCAGUCUCCUUUCCUGAAGAGGGCAGAGUUGAGCGGCACCCAACGGCGCUGUUCGGGAGACUCCCAGCCGUCCUCGCCUCGCUACGCUUAUGAGCCUCCUCUCUACGAGGAACCACCCUCAGAAUUCCAAGCUCCGCCCAUUUACGAGGAACCACCCACUGACAUGCACUGCGACCCCGCCUUUUUUGGCACGGAUCGUUCUCCGGCACGAAAACCAGGUCUUUAUUGUUCCCCGAAACAAAGCCCGUCUCCUUAUGGACAACUGGUGCUGACGAGACAGCGUAGCUCUACGCCGGAUAAAACCACCAAUCAGAGUGACUACAGCUCCAGUGGGCGGGAUUAUAGCUCUAGUGGACGGGAUUAUAGCUCUAGUGGGCGUGACUACAGCUCCAGUGGGCGGGACUACAGCUCAGGCAUUAGAGAUUACAGCUCCUCUGGUGGCCGGGAUUAUAACUCGAGUGGGCGGGAGUAUAGCGCUGCUGGGCGGGAAUAUGUUAAGCAGCUUGUUUAUGUGGAGCAGUCUGGCUCCUCCCCUCGGUUUCGGACCACAGAUCGUCUGAUGAGCUACGGGACCAGUUCUAAUAGCCUAUCGGCUGGAUUUUCGUACGGCGGGUCUUUCACGCUGCAGCAUAGCCACGAUCUUAAUGGUGGCAAUCGAAAACGGAAGAACAGGAAGCCGUCUUUGCCAGGCGGUGAAGGGGAUGGAAUGGGGGCGGGACUCGGGGCAAUGAUUACUCAAGCCCGAUUGGCUUGGGAGGCUCAGCAGAUGUUACAUCAUCGAGGGGGCGUGGCUUCUGAAUCAGGAGCUAAAGAUGGGUAUGAAAGUGACGGAGCGUCUCCGCUGCCGCUGCCGGGGCCGGUGGUCCGGGCAUUCAGUGAGGAUGAGGCGCUGGCGCAGCAGGAGAUCCACUGGAAACGGGCCACGCUGGACAGACUGGCAUUCCCUCAGACGCUACUGGAGAAGAGUCUGUCUGUGCAGACCAACCUGGCAUCACCCGAACCUUACCUCCAUCCCUCUCAGUCGGAGGAUCUGGGAGCAUGUUCUCAGUUCGAGGCCAGCCGAAACGCCCGAAACAUGAUGCCCAGUGCCAGCUGCGGCAUUUUCCCAGAGUUCACGCUUCGCAAGCCAUCCUCGGAGACGGACAUCGAGAACUGGGCAUCCAAACACUUCAAUAAGCACACGCAGGGUCUGUUCAGGAGGAAAGUGUCCAUCGCCAACAUGCUGGCCUGGAGCAGCGAGCCCAUCAAGAAGCCCAUGAUCAUGACCUCUGACCGGACGGUGAAGCGUGAAGCCGUUGAUCUCUUCAAGCUCAUCCAGACCUACAUGGGGGACCGGCGGGCCAAAGCGGAUCCGCUGGCGGUAGCUCUGGAGGUGGCGGUCCGGGGCUGGAGCUGCCAGGGCCUGAGGGAUGAGCUCUACAUCCAGCUCUGCAGACAAACCACCGAGAACUUCCGCUACGACAGUCUGCAGAGGGGCUGGGAGCUCAUGGCCAUCUGUCUGGCCUUCUUCCCGCCGACACCUCGCUUCCACAACUACCUGGAGGGCUACAUCUACAGACACAUGGACCCGCUGAAUGACACCAAGGGAGUGGCGAUAAGCAGCUAUGCAAAAUACUGUUACCGUAAACUCCAGAAAGCUGCCCUCUCCGGAGCCAAGAAGGGUCUGAAGAAGCCAUCGGUGGAGGAAAUCGCGUACGCUCGUAACGCCAUCUUCCGGCCGUCGAUGUUCGGCUCUUCUCUGGAGGAGGUGAUGGCGAUGCAGAAGGAGCGAUACCCCGACCAGCAGCUGCCCUGGGUGCAGACGCGCCUCUCUGAGGAGGUGCUGGGACUCAACGGAGACCAGACGGAGGGCAUCUUCAGGGUGCCUGGAGACAUUGAUGAAGUAAACGCACUGAAGUUACAGGUGGACCAGUGGAAAGUGCCCACCGGCCUGGAGGACCCACAUAUUCCAGCGUCUCUGCUGAAGCUGUGGUACCGAGAGCUGGAGGAGCCGGUGAUUCCUCAUGAGUUUUAUGAGCAGUGUGUGAUGAACUACGACAGUCCUGCGGCCGCUGUUAAUGUCGUCCUCAACCUCCCUCACAUCAACAAACUGGUGCUCUGCUACCUCAUCCGCUUCCUACAGGUAUUUGCUCAACCCGCUAGUGUCUCCAUGACUAAGAUGGACGUCAGUAAUCUAGCGAUGGUGAUGGCUCCAAACUGCCUGCGCUGCCAGUCGGACGACCCACGCGUCAUUUUCGAGAACACGCGCAAAGAAAUGAGCUUCAUCCGCGUGCUGAUCCAGCACCUCGAUACCAGCUUCAUGGACGGGGUGCUAUAGCACACACACAUUAACAUUCACACCUAACACUUCUUCAGCGCCCACUCAACAAACUCCCAUCGUUUACUCAUAAUCACACCUUCCCCAAAACCGCACCACAACAUUAGGUCGACAGAUCCACCGCCCCGUCCCAUAAUGAUGAUUUUUGAAUGUUUCUGAGUAGAUCUCUUAACCAUCCGUCUUCACAUGAUAGUGACUGUCCUGCUUUGGUUUCUAGCGUGCAUGUAUUGUGUGUGCCGAAUGUGUCUGUUUUUUUUAACUCGACUGACUUGUAGAGCGGUCCGUCCGAUUUUUUUAUAUGAUUAAUUUAUUUGUUAUUUAUUCGAAUGAGGGGUUUGUAAGUAUCGUACUGCCUUUUGAAAUAGACAACACAUUCUCUGUCCUCACUGAUCACAUGCAUUGGUGUGUGUAUGUGUGUGUGUGUGUGUGUGUGUGUGUGUGUGUGUGCGUGAUGAGAUCAGGUUUAAAUCAAAAGUAUUGAGGUUAUAGAUUGAAAAAUAAUAAGCAUAAAUAAAAAUAUAUGGGUGGCACAGUUGUUAGCACUGUUGUCUUACAGUAUGAAGGUCGCUGGUUCGAGCCUCGGCUGGGUCAGUUGGCGUUUCUGUGUGGAGUUUGCAUGUUCUCCCCGUGUUGGUGUGGGUUUCCUCUGGGUGCUCCGGUUUCCCCCACAGUCCAAACACAUCCGCGAAUUCAUGAACUAAGUUAGUUGUAGCGUGUGCACGUAAGAGUGUAUGGGUGUUUUCCAGUACUGGGUUGCAGCUGGAAGGACAUCCGCUGUGGCUGGAAUAGUUGGCGGUUCAUUCUGCUGCCAUUCCUGAUGAAUAAAGGGACUAAUGAAUGAAUGAAUGACGAUAUUAGAUAUCCCUAAAAACCUUCAUGUUUUCACAAUGAAAAAAAUGUCGCGUACGUUUCCAAAUUAUGCCUUCAGAGCUUUUAAUUUAAAUCACAGCAUCAUGAUUGGUCCCGUAAUGGUGAUUGACAUCUGCUCAGCUAGCCAAUCAGAUGAAGGGGGAGAUGACAUCACUCCAAUGCAACUAGAAAUCCAAGCACAGAACCAUAAGCACACCACAAAAAGUAUUUAAGAGCCCCUAUUUUGCAUGACAAAGGGUCAUAUUUUGGUUUUAGGGGUCUCCAACAACAUGCUGAUAAGCGUGCAAGGUCA